CUUGAACGUCGAGGGUGGCGCUCGUCUCGCCUCGCCCGAACUUUCCGCGUUUGAGCCGUUAUGUGUCGUACUUCGAAACAAGUUUGACGGGAAAUUCGUGAAGUUUUCCCAGUGCAUCCGGACUAACGUAGCGAUGAGCCCGAUAAUAGCGAACCAAAUAGUGACGAUUUGAUUAUAGUGACAGUUGAAAAGUGUGUUAUUCGAGAUGUUAUCAAUGGGAUUGUUGGCUGUGUACGCGACAUGGUGCUGGAUGUCGAUCGGAGCUGGCGGCGCCUCGCUCACGAGCCGGGUGGCGGAGGCUCCGCAGGAGUGCGAGUGGCAGCGGGUGUCGGGCGGCGCCGGCGAGCCCACCCGCGUGCAGCUGACCUGCUCACUGCGCACAGCUGCCGGCGCCACCGACCUGCUCGCCGGCUUGACUACUUCUCAAGCCCAACGCAUCACUUCGCUUGACCUUCAUUGCACGGAUGUCCUCUUCUUCGAGAGCUCUUUGGAUGUCGGAAGGCGAAAAGAAGAAGGAACUGAACUUUUGUCCCGCUUUCAUAACCUGAAAGAACUGAGAAUAGAGUCGUGUAAGAUCCGAUAUGUGCCAUCAGCAGUAUUAUCGCCCCUCAGUGGUCUCAGAAGUUUAAGCAUCAGGACUCAUAAUACGGAUUGGUCAGCGAUGUCUAUGGAGUUUCACAGAGACACUUUUCGUGGACUUACUGACUUGCGCAAUUUGAACCUCGGUGAUAACAACAUUUGGAUUUUGCCAUCUGAAAUAUUUUGUCCAUUAUACAACUUGAAAGAACUAAAUGUAACGCAGAACAGGCUACAAGACAUUUCCAACUUGGGAUUUUCAGAUUGGGGCAAUGGACCCACUGCGCCCGGCAAAUCUUGCAACACGGUUUUAGAAACAUUAGAUAUGUCAUAUAAUGAAAUCAGUGCAUUGCCUGAUAAUGGCCUGUCAAGUUUACGAGCUUUACAAAAGUUAUUCCUACAGAAUAAUAGAAUAUCGAACGUUGCAGAUAGAGCGUUCGUUGGUUUGAAUGAUUUACAAAUCCUCAACUUAUCCACCAAUGCGCUGACUGCACUACCGCCAGAAAUGUUCCAGUCAUCAAGAGAUAUAAAGCAAAUAUAUUUGAAUAACAAUUCUCUGAGUGUACUAGCGCCUACAUUGUUGGAAGGCUUGGAUCAGCUACAAAUAUUAGAUUUAUCUGUCAAUGAAUUGACAAGCGAAUGGAUAAACAGAGAUACAUUCUCGGGAUUGGUACGCCUUAUCGUAUUAAAUUUAUCGCAUAACAGAAUAACGAAAAUCGAUGCACUGUUAUUUCAAGAUUUGAAUAAUUUACAAUUUCUAAGUUUGGAAUAUAAUCAUGUAUCUCGGAUCGCAGAUGGAGCAUUUUCUAAUUUGAAAAAUCUACAUUCACUCUCAUUAGCCCACAAUAAUAUCAUUGAAGUUGACAGCAGUCAUUUCUCAAACCUAUACGUAUUGAACCAACUAUUUCUUGAUGGAAACAGAAUAACAAAAGUUGACUUGAGAUCUUUUGAGAAUAUAACGAAACUCCACGAUUUGGGUUUGAGUGCAAACCAGUUAUCUGAGGUGCCGGAAGCCAUAAAGACGUUGAGAUUUUUGACAUCUCUAGACUUAGGAAUGAAUCGGAUAACCAAAGUUACAACUUCUCAGUUUGAAGGAUUGGAUGAUUUAUAUGGACUCAGGCUUGUUGGGAACAAAAUUGAGAAAAUAUCAAAAGACACAUUUGCCGCGCUGCCGUCUUUACAGAUAUUGAAUUUGGCUUCAAAUAAUAUUGACCAAAUAGAUGAUGGAGCUUUCGCCUCGAAUCAACAAUUGAAAGCAAUCGGAUUGGACGGAAAUAAGCUAGUGGAUUUAAAGGGAAUAUUUACUAAUACCCAACCUCUUGUUUGGUUAAAUGUUUCCAAUAAUGAGUUACUUUGGUUUGAUUAUAGUCACAUACCGGCUAAUCUGGAAUGGCUCGACAUGCACGAAAAUAAAAUAGAAAAGCUGGAAGAUACUUACGGCGUAAAAGAGUCGUGCAAUUUAAAGAUGCUCGACGUCAGUGCCAACAAAAUUAGAUUCAUCGAUGAAUUUUCAUUCCCGAGUAGCAUUGAAACUAUUAUAUUGAACAAUAAUUACAUAGAAAAAAUUAACCCAGGUACAUUCCUACAGAAAUAUAAUUUAAAUAAAGUAAUGUUAUAUGCCAAUAAGAUCAAAACAUUAGAAGUGGGCGCCUUUGCGAUUUCUGCAGUGCCCGAGGAGAAAGAUUUGCCAGAGUUCUAUAUCAGUGAAAAUCCAUUUGCUUGUGACUGCACAAUGGAAUGGCUGCAGAGAAUUAACCAAUUAAGUGACCUCAGACAGCGCCCGAGAGUAAUGGAUUUAGAAAGCGUAAGGUGCUCUUUAACUCAUUCACGAGCUAAAUCGGACGUGCUUUUGCUUGAAGUUAAAUCUUCAGAAUUUUUAUGCGAGUACGAUUCGCAUUGUUUCACCCUGUGCCAUUGUUGUGACUUUGAUGCCUGCGACUGUAAGAUGACUUGUCCAGAUAGAUGCUCUUGUUAUCAUGAUCUCACUUGGAACUCCAAUGUGGUUGAUUGUUCGAAUGCCGGCUACGAUCACGUGCCGGACCGAAUUCCGAUGGACGCGACCGAAAUAUACUUGGACGGAAACGAUCUAAAAGAAUUGGGAAAUCACGUUUUUAUCGGUAAAAAACGGUUACAAGUUUUGUUCCUCAAUAAUAGCAAUAUUAAUAUAAUACAAAAUAGAACAUUUAACGGUAUUGAAUCAUUGAGAGUGCUUCAUUUGGAUAACAAUAACAUAGAAGUAUUGAGAAAUACGCAAUUCACCAAGCUUCAGAAUCUCGUCGAGCUUUAUCUACGAGACAACAAAAUAAAAGUAAUUGAAAACGAUACUUUUAAUUACCUGCCCUCGCUGGAGUUCUUGGACCUUGACAAUAACGGUUACGUUGAUUACAUGCCGUGGCGAGUCAUUACUGACAACAAUCCCCGCACGCGUGUCUCUGUAGAUGGGAACAACUGGAUAUGCGAUUGUAAAGACGUUGCUCAGCUGAAUCAAUGGUUAAUAAAAAAAUCAAAAGAUACCGAGACCAUGAUGUGCUACUUUGCUCACGGGCAACCCAUGAAUAAAACUAUCGCAACCGUAGCGAAGGAAUGUAAAGCAGAGAUCACUACCGAGGAAACAGGGACCGAGACUCUAGAGCGAUUAUUCAUCAAACCGAAUGACGGCGUUGAAAAUUAUAUUCCGUACAUCGCAGCGGGGCUGAUAAUAGCAAUUAUACUUUUACUGAUGUGCGCUUUGCUUUUUAUGUUCCGAGAAGAUUUUAAAUUAUGGAUGCAUUCAAAAUAUGGUGUAAGAGUAUUCAGUUCCACUUCGAAAGACAUGAAUGACAACAAAAAUAAGCGUUUCGACGCUUUUUUUGUCUACAAUCCACGGGAUGAAGACUUCGUGACCCGCGCCGUGAGUUCCAACCUUGAGAACUCCGGACAUACCUUGUGUUUACAACACAGGGACUUGCAGCUUAUCGAGAGACGGUCCAGUGAUAGUUUAGUGAGUGCGGCCGAAAGUUCCAAAAGACUAGUGAUAGUGCUAUCGAUAAACUUUUUACAACAAGAGUGGUACUCGGUUGACUCUAAAGCAGCCGUCCAAAGUGCUAUAAACUCAGUGAACAUCAGGCAUAGGCGUCAAAAAAUUGUAUUUCUCGUUACGACGGACUUGAGUGCCAUAAACAUAGAUCCAGACUUGAAGGUGUUGCUCAAAACGUGUACAGUGAUAGUGUGGGGUGAAAGGAACUGUUGGGAAAAGCUAAAUUUUCGGUUACCGGAUGUGGACGUGACAUUGCCGAAUCGGACGCUUCAUAAUUCGAAUAAUAUGAAAAGUGGGAAUAGGGAAGGUUUUGGGAGGCAUGGGAAUUUGCGGUAUACUGCGCCUCCCACGUCGCAAGAUCCGUGGUAUAAGUACGGGAUGGCGCCGCCUAUACUGAUGAUGUCAAGCCCGAUGCACUCGACUAGUGCGAGUGCGGAGGUGUCUGCUCGUAGCACUGAGGAUGAGACGUGCUCGGUCGCCAGCAGUGACGGUCGUCCGGACGACCGGCUGCCUCAUCAUCAUAGUUACGUCUCUAUUGACAAUCACCAGUGUGAGGAGCGACCUUUAAGGCCAGCACAACAAAUUCCCAUGUCCAACACUAGGCCUAACAAUAUGAGAAAGACUUACUUUGUAUAGAAAUUAUGUGAUGAUUCUGUAGCUAAUGUAAAUAUAUGAUGUAAUAUAGAGAUAGGAUUUUGGCAUUUAUAGCAUUUGAUUAAACGCUUUGUUAUUAGUUGGUGCUGUCUGCUAUAAAUGCGAGAGUGAAGUAUUAAAAAUUAAUAUAAAAGUAUAUUUUAUUUGUAUUUAAUAAACAGUACUAUAAGUACCUAUUAGCUGUUAGCAUAACGUUAAUAUUCAUGGCAUUUUCGUACCUGUCUUCAGUCAUAACUUUUGCAUUAAGUUGUAUAGUUUUGUAUCGUACAUUCCUUCUUAUGUGUACAUUGAUGCUGUAAAUUAUAUGCUGUUAUUGUUACUGGCAUUAUGUAUAUGAAUGUUCCUGUCUAUUAUUAUACCUAUGUUCCAUAAAACAGCGAUUAACUUAAUGAUUUGUGAUAAUAUUAGGUACUUACAUGAUGAAGACUAUGAAAUGAAACGAAAAUGUGUAUAAAAUUUGUAAAAAUUAUGAGAUAGAAGUGAAGAACUGAAAUAUACCCUAGUCAAUUGUAAAUACGUAACCAAUAAGUUUAAAGGUAAAAAUAAUUUUGUGAUGUAAUUUUUAGCUAGAAGAGAACAAAUUCGUAUUUAUUACGCUUCCAAUUGCAAAAUAUGAAUAAAUGAAUAUUUUUGUCUACUA